GAUCCACGUCAAGCUUGAAGAAGCCUCCAGCCACGCGGUCCGGGACCCAGCUUGUGGUCUGGACCGGGAUAGUAGAACCGUGUCUAGUUCCGCUGUAGCGUGGUUAGUUGGGUGGUCACCACCCGAGACUAUGUUGUGUUAAUAUCCUGGGGUAUGUUGUGCUAAGAAUUUAAUAAAAGUGUUGCUCCCAAGACAACGUCUGCCACUCAGUUGGACUCACUAAAUAAACAUAACACAUCCGUAGCCAGAUGUGGUUGCUGUGUCUGACAAAAAAAGACUGACUGUGUGUGGGCUUUAAUUGCCUCGUUCCCCAGGAAAUCUCAAAGCAGGAAAACAAAACCGAUGAAGUCCCAGCGCCCGAGCGAGGAGGCUCCGAGCGCUGGUCGUGACUCUGGUGCCAGAGACGAAUUCGGCCCAAACGACUCAUCGUGCUGGAAGGAAGAAGCCGCCGACAUGAGUUCGACUCUGGGCAUCAGCCUGUACGCGAGCCGCAAGCGCAAGAAGCCCGUCCAGCGCAGGAAUUCAGUUCCUGAACAUGAUGCCAGCACAUGGAGUGAACCGUUGGACAUCAUGCCAAACACAUGCCCUAAGAUGGAGGGCGGCCCGGCGGUCAAGACCAACCCGUCCAAGCGGCACCGCGACCGCCUCAACUCGGAGAUGGAACGGCUGGCUGGCAUGCUGCCUUUCCCCCAGGACGUCGUGGCCAAACUGGACAAGCUGUCCAUCCUGCGACUGAGUGUCAGUUAUCUACGCGCCAAGACCUACUUCAACGUCACGACGAAUCGGAGUCAGAACCAGCUCACAAAUGGAAAGCAAAUGUACGGUGGCUCGAUGGGCCCAGGGCCACCUGGAAUCCAACCUGACCUGGACACACCUAUAGCAGAGGGGGAGCACCUGCUGCAGGCUCUCAAUGGCUUUGUGUUGGUGGUGACGGCUGAGGGACUGGUAUUUUACGUCUCCCAUACCAUCCAGGAGUAUCUGGGCUUCCAUCAGUGCGACGUGGUCCAUCAAAGUGUAUACGAACUGGUCCACUCUGAAGAUAGAUACGAGUUCCUUCGACAACUCCAUUGGGCUCUCAAGCCACCACCAGCAGCCAGAGAUGCACACAAAGAUGGUUCAGGUGACCAGGAUGGCAGCACAUCAUCAGUGGCAGUAUACAACCCACAGCAGCUACCGCCUGAAAACUCCUCCUUCCUCGAACGCCAGUUCAUUUGCCGCUUCCGCUGUCUACUUGACAACUCCUCUGGCUUCCUGGCUUUGCAGAUGCAGGGACGCCUCAAGUUCUUGCAUGGUCAGAACCGUCGUUCGGCGGAUGGGUCUCUUCAACCCGCGCAGCUGGCGCUGUUCGCGGUCGCCACCCCUCUCCAGUCGCCCUCUAUCCUGGAGAUCCGCACCCGCAACAUUAUCUUCCGCACGAAACACAAGCUGGACUUCACGCCCAUCGGUUGCGAUGCCAAGGGACGUAUCGUACUUGGCUACACUGAGCUGGAGCUUGCCAUGCGUGGCACUGGGUACCAGUUCAUCCAUGCCGCCGACAUGCUGCAUUGUGCGGACAACCACGUGCGAAUGAUGAAAACUGGGGAGAGUGGCAUCACCAUCUUCAGGCUGCUCACCAAGGGCAACCGCUGGGCUUGGGUACAGGCCAAUGCGCGCCUCGUCUACAAGAACGGCCGCCCAGACUACAUCAUAGCAACACAAAGGCCACUCAGCAACGAGGAGGGAGAAGAACACCUGCGCAAGAGGGCACUGCAGUUCCCUUUCGCCUUCACGACUGGUGAAGCGAUGCUCUACGAAACAGGCUUCCUGCCCCCGGAGAUGCAAGGGAACCUUCCCCCGAAAGAUGAAAAUCAUCUGUUAAUCAAGAGGAUGAGCAGCGGGAAGAAUUCUGAGUGGGACAAGAAGGUGGAUCCCAGCUCGCUGCUCGGUGCCAUGAUGCAGCAAGACCAGACCGUGUACGUGCGGCCACCAGCCACUGAGAGCCGUUUUGCCACCGACUUGGCAGGAGGUUUAAGCAUGCCUAGCUUAGUGGCAGAGUCUUCACACAGCGUCGGUCAGGCUUCUGGGUGGAAUGGAGGCAAGGGCAGUUUGUUAAGCUACGUGAAGAUUGAGUCUGACGUGGAGAAAAGCCUCUCUGAGCCAAGUUCAUUGGAUUCUGGCUUUCAAGUUCCAGACGAAUUGAAUGAUAUUCUGGAAACACUGGGCCUAACUAUAGAUGACAUUGAGUUACUUGAGGAGGAGGAGAAACAGCUGAUGAUGGAUGUGGAUUGUACACCAGACCUUGAGAGUAUUCUUUCAAAUGAUGAUAUCCUUUCCUUGGUUCAGGAGUCACUCAAUAAAAACAAAUACCUGAGGGUACAACAGCCACAGAUGCGUCAUGGAAGCAGCAAUGAUUCCAACAUGCAAACAUUUGAGAACUACUUGCAGCCUUCACAGACAUUCAACGGAAGGUUGCAGUCCCAUCUUCCAACACAGAAAAUGCGUCCGUAUGGACAGUUUGGUGCAAUGCCUGCUGAUGGCAUUGAACAAAAGUUUAAAGUCCCAUGCAACAUGCAGGGUUCAAUAAGUACAAGUGGAACACAACCUACAUCCAUCCAGAAUGUCAGCUUGCAAAACACUCCCUUUGUAAGUUCUGUCCAGAAUGCUCAAAAUGGUCCACUUCAAUGUGCAACACAUAAUACUGUGUUUCAAAGUGGAAUGAGCCAAAAUAUAGUGCAAGCCACAACCAGGAAAAGCAACAUGCCUGGUCAGCUAUCAAACUUGCAGCCUCAGGACUUCAAAGGACAGCCUUGGGGCACCAUGCAUGCACAAAGUCAAGAUUUUGCAAACACGAUGCAAGGCCACUUUGUCAUGAAUGGAAGUGAAGGGCAAAAUGUAGCAGCAACUCAGAGCUAUAGAGACAGGUUUCCAGGGCAAAGCAUAACUUACAAUGACACAAUUAAAUAUGGAGUCCUUUCCCAGAAUCUUGUGAAUGGUGUACUGCCACAGAACCAAAUGGGUGGAGUCACUGUCCAAAGUCCAGUCAGUGCCAUGCAGGUUGAAAGUCCACUGAAUAGUCUUCCGGUUCAGAGUGCAUUAAAUACAAUUCAUGGCCAAAUGCAAAUGAGUAGCCCAGUAGUGCAAAGUCAAAUAGAUGCUGUACCAACGCAUGACAGUGCUCUUGAAAACAUUUUAUCCAAAAACUGCAUGCAAACAUCAUUGGUUGGUGCUCAACCACAAGGCACCUGUGACUGGCCUCGUAAGACUCGCCCGCAAAACAUGCAUCUGCAGCCAAUGGAGUUUCCUGGAGGACAUACUGCAAACUUUAAUGGGACAGUCGGCCACAGAGAGUUCAGCGCACCACAGCAAACGUGUAGCACUGGAGUAGCAGUUCCUUUACAGCAAUCGUCAUUUCCCGGCCAAUCCCAACACUUCAUGGGCUACUCCACAGACUCGUCGCAGUUGGGAAAUGCAAGGAACCAACAAGUGAACUCACACGAGUAUAACAACGACCAACAGCAUCAUCCGCUCCAGCAUCAAGGCCAAUACAAUGAGGAAAAACGUAUGGCUCCCUGCAAUUUCCAGAUGCAGAGUUCCUGUCCGCCAGCCAAUCAGCAACGACUCACUGCUGAAGAGAUGGCGGCCAUUUACUGCACUCAAGGCAGUGUGCUGCUCCCUGCUGGUGGCGUCGGUACGGCGAACGCGGCAAGCCUGGCUCCUGCAGAUGGCGCUCAACCCUACCCUGAGAUCAGCCAGACGGAAUACUACGGAUAAGUGUUUGAAAAGAAAAGUUAGAUAUUCUUCAUGGGCUCAAGUGAUGGGUUUUUUUUCUCCAGAUCCCCAGAAGGCACGUUCAAAGGACGAAGAAAACAUGGAAUGUGAAAAACAGUGAAUCGGACGUUCAAGAAAAAUUGCACGUCAUGUAUAUAGACCACAUUUUGAAAAUACCAAUAAUGAAGUGUUUAUCUCAACAAAAUUCAAACACGCAUGAGCAUUAUUGAAUGCAAGUUCACAUUUUAGUGUAUGCUUUGAUCCGCGUAUGAGGUCAUGCACAAAAUCUUCUUUACGCACACUUUGGUGUAUGCUGCUUGAAUGCUCUUAAGGAAGGAUUAAAUAUUUUCCGAAUGAACACUUCUGUGAGCUUUAUAUCUCGAUGAGCAAGCUGCUUGUCGUUUCCAGCUUUCUGUGUCUUACACAGCAGAAGUUAUUUAUCUUAACAAUGGUACACACAUUAAAUAUAUUCCUAAAUGGUAUCUGCAUUAUCAUCAACGUUGGUGCUUGAUUAUAUUUGCAUAGUCACAGCAACGUAAUAGUUAUUGUAAUCAGAACGAAUGUUAUUGUUAGAGAAUGGCUGCAGUAAUUGUUUGUCGGGUCAUAUCACAUACAGAAGAGAAUGUCUGUAAAGGGCUGGUCUGUUCUGAAAUGUUAUAGUUACCACACAAUGGGUAAAUACAGUACACCCUUUUGAUUUACAGUUUUUAAAAUGUGUCAGGCAUACCAAUGUUGUGUCCAGAGCACAACAUAAGUGGCCUAGAGUUCUAACAAUUGCAGGUCGUCCACUGGGUUGACAGUACAGUAAUUAAAUUCAAGCAGAAACAUUUAAAUAUUGAUGAUUGCAGUAAUGCAGCUGUAUUGUCAGUUUGUCCAAGAUGAUCCUGACACUGCAUUAAUUGUUGAAGCAUGCAAUGGCACCAUUUCCAACUAGCUUUCAAUGGCACUACACUGGUUCCAUACAACAAAAGUACAUGGUACCUAGAAGAAACACUAGUCUCAUGAAUGGAAUUGUUUUUACACAGCUGUUUUACAACUGCAAUUGUGCACAGCACGGUUAAUUUAAAACUAAAAAAUACAUACAUUAUGUAAGCAAUGGCUCAUUAUUUAGCUCUCAAAUACUACACGGGUUUGUGUAACAAGCUAAUCGCACUUGUUUGCAAAUACUGAACUUUGCACUUGUUUAUUUUCUCACACAGCCACUGCAAGAGAGGGCACUGCGAUCAGUCUUUCACGCACUUUUGGCAACAUAAAUAAUCCCUUCUUGACUGUGGAGACCAAAUUCUAUUCAGUUCUUCACUCAUGUUAGUUUGGUCCUCAGUGAAAUGUAACCUAUCUUAAGAUGUGCAUUAGGAGGAAAUGUUUUAAAGUGUUACCAAGUAAAACUCCAGCAUAUACCAUUGUUAAUACCAUCAAUUUGUGCGAUUCGCAAACAUUGUCUAUGAAACCAGUAAAUACAUAUUUUUGUUUAUUUUACUCGAGUACAUCCAUUCUGUAAGUAAUCAUUUAUUUGGUCCUCUGAUGAUGUGUAUAUACAUAAACUACAGUGUAUCAGGCUUCUUUCUGGUCUAUAAAGUCUAUUUUGAUAUUUUUGCUUCCAUUAAAAUAUCUUCCACUGCAGGUUCUUUACAUUACCUCAAAAUGAGGUGUCGUUUUAAGUUUGUUUGUUCAUUUCUCAGUCUUAAGUAUGCAUGUUAAUUUCUGUAGUGGAAGAGGUUGUGGGAAUUAGAUAAAUUAGAAAAUCGUACUUGUUUUUUUCUUGUUUAAAAUGGUUGUAAGUUGUCAUAUCACAACUUAAGAUAAAACAUUUACUGUUUGAGGCUCUUAUUCUUGUAAUUAUGUAGUAAAUAUUGUAUCAAAAAUAUUUUUACUUAACAUUAAUUAGCACUUACUGUGAGGACAAAUCAUGAAAAUUGUAAUCCUUACUGUAUAAAAUACAUGGUAUACAAUAUACAGUAUACAUAAUUGCAUAUUGGAGCUGGUUGAUGACAAAUUGUCCAUAUAAACUGUUUAAGUUUAUUCAAAUGUCAAUUUGGCUUUGCUCAGUUUUUCUGCUGCUGUGUUAACUAUGUUUUCAAUUGCAUGCAUUGCUUUUCUAUAUUUUUGUUACUAAUUGUUAAUAAAAACAAGAUGGAGACUUGGGAUAGUUUUCAGGCCUUGUGUAAGAGGUUUGGAUAGGGACACUAAUAACUAGUGAGAAACAGUUUUAAUUGUUAUUGUUCUUUUAAGUCACUAAUGUGUUGUUGUAAUGGUAGUCUGUUAGUUGCAACAUGGUGCUUAACAUAGUUUCAGAAAUAUUGGUCUCAAGGUCAAUCAAAAAUAAGUCAAACACAAAUGUGUGUCAACUUUCAAGGAAACCGAGGCAAUGAGUUGGGAGAACCUGCAGAUGCUCAUUGGUUGCCACUUUUUUUUCAAAAUAGGCUUGACAUUGAGUAGACGGCACAAGUGAAGUGUAGUGGUAACACAGUAAAGUGUACAUGUAUGUCCAUGCCAUUAACAUGAACAUUUGAAAACUCAAAUGCUGUAUAGAAAUGCAUUUUUUACCCUCACUUUGUUAAACAUGUAUGUACCAGCUCUUAAUCUUUAUAUGUAUACUGUAUAUAUGAAAUAUGUAUUCACAAACGUAGAUUGCAUUGCUAUUGCAUAUAUAUUACACAAUAUAUUUGGCUAUCAUAUAAUUGAUAUUGUACAGUACUAAUAUUUAAUGAGUUUUUACACAUGUCAAAUACCAUUUGUUUUUGUUAUAUUGUUAGAUUUUACUAUUUGGCAGCCGACAGCAUGUUUUGUAAAUCAUUAACCUGCUCAACACACCAGAAGUUUAAAACUAAAAUCUACUGUCCUGGAGGCAAGACCUUUUCUGUGGUCUCGCUUCACCACACACACGAAGCUUCACACUGUGGAAGCCCUCAGUGCUAUCACUUCUGUGGCCAUCAGUGGUUUUCGUGAGCUACACAUCAGGGGUUAGAUUUUUUGUUGCUAAUGGAGUUUGCUCCCUUAGUGUGGUGCUAGCAGGGACAUAGCACAGGCCAGUUUGGCUCAGGACUGGCUCUCAAGUAUUAGCCCGCUCGAGUUGUGAGCAAUCAGCUGAGCCCUGCAGCAUUUCAAUGUUUUGGUAACAGAGAAACAAGUCUUGGUCAUAUGCAACCUCUUAAGCGGUGGCAAUGAAUUGCCAGGGCUCACCUCAUCAUGAUCUCUUCAUGCAUCUUUCUCCUUAUAUGAGUGAAGGAGGUGCGGAUGUGACUGGUGGUGGCCCACCACUUGGCAGGUGUAGAGAACAGAGUUGUCGAUUGGCGAGGUCACAAAACUCGUGAGGUCCGGGGAGUGGAGCUUGCUGUGUCAGGAUUCAGUCAGGUUCAGACUGACUGCCUUGAGGUGAAGAUGGCCAUAUUUUAUAGGAUCAGCUUGACAUCGAAGGUGCUUGACGUUUGAAGUCACAGAGAAGCUGUACUCGCCGAAUCUACAAAUCAUUGGCAUACAUUUGGGAUCUGGUGUUCAAUUAAAUAAUCUGCCAUGUCAGUAGUUUUGAACGUUCGAGUGGAGGAGUUUCAAAAAGGGACUGGCCCUAUCCUUGCUCCAUAAGAGUGGCCACAAUUUUGAUGGGUUUAAAGGAAAAUUGGUUGGCUCAUCUAGUCUGGUCAUCAAGCAAUAUGUCAAGUGAGGUCCUGCAGUGAGGUUGGAGGUGGUCCCAAUGAAACCCUCUAGCCUUUAGAGUGUAUUGCAAAUCAGACUUUGAGUCCCUGGCUACGUGUUAAUUUAAGCUUUUGAAUAUGAAAAUUGUGUUUCUGGUGGCCGGUACCUUGACCAGGAGAGUUGGAGAAAUCCACGCGCUACUGUAUAUUGCAACCCUUCAGUCAUUGUUCUUCAUAGGGAUAAGAUAGUGUUGACGAUCCUGCCAGGUUUUUUUCCCAAAGUGGUGUCCAAGAUUCACGUAAAUCAGGAAAUUGUUAACCUAUUUCUGCCCAAACCAUUCAGAUUUGAGGGGCAGAGGUUCUUACAUAAUCGUGGACGUGAUUUGCUACUUGACGUUUUAUUCUGGGCAAAACAAGGAUUGGCAUUAAAAUGAACAACGUGUGCUUUAUUGAGGCUCACAGUUAUUUAGGUAGUCUCAAAAUCGAGAAUUGGCAUCUGUAUCAUGAAUUAAGAGGUAUUCAGCCAUCUCUAAGCUGUAUGUAUGGUCCUCUCUGCAAAAGGGCUAUGGCGACGCCAUGCUAGCAAAGUGCAAGCUCAACUGGAGAGGUAUUUGUGAGGGGGCUGUGGUGAAAACCACACUUUAGUUAAGCACUACAGGCUUGACACUGGCCUCAAGGGAUAUCACGUUUGGCAAAGCAAUUCUCUUGUUGGGUGUCCCUUAGUUUCAUUGAUGCAUUAUUCUCCCACCUCCGGAAAGGCUAUGUAUUGUUUUACGAUUUCCAGAAUGUCAAAAGCUGCUGAAGGUAAACACAUGAAACCUGGUUUUGUAAGGCAGCCAUUGGCAUGUUCCACUCCCUUCUUCCCCACUGAAUGAGGGAUCUGUAGUUUUUGUGUGUCCCCAUCUGUCUCAUUUAUUUGAGAGCAGUUUGGAGUUUUUUUUAUUGUUUAGUUUCAACAGUCACUGAGGGCUUCAAUUGCACAGGGUGACCUGCGUGGUGAUGUGGAGCCCCAGCAGUGACGGGUGUUACCUAAGGGUGGUUAUUUUUCGAGUUUAAGAACUUCUGGUGUGCUGGGCAUGAAGUGAAGUUAAUGAUUUAUGAAGCAAGUUAAUUUCUGACUCAGAAAUCCAUGCUUUAGGUACUGCUAGUGUAAUCCUAGUAGUCAUAGCCUGAUGUUAUAUCAUAGAUGGAGGUAAAACUUUUUUUUAUCGUAUCAUAGUCAUUCUAAUUUUAGGUUUUUUUAGCUUUUAUAAUACAAUAUUUCAUUACCAUGUUUAUAUAUUGUGUCGGAAUAUUUGACCUACUUGAUUUGAAGCUUUCGCGACUGCAGGAAUUACUCUUUGGUUCUUUCGGUAAAGUCGCGUAGAAACGUGACUUUCGUUCUACGUAACGUUACCGAAAGAUCCAUAGAGUAAUAUUUGACAAGGCUGACAACUAAAUCUAACUUGUAAAAAACAUCGUUUUAAUUAAGUGCCUUUAGAUGAAACAAACCGUUUUUAAUACUUGUCGGUUAAUUUGUAUUUGCUGUUUAUAAGUGUAAUUACAGGAAAUAUAUUGCAAGGAAAAAAUAAACAUCUUUGUUGGCGUGA